AUGGACUACAGUGGCGUUCUCAGUGGCCUGCUUCCGAGCAUAGGUCUCAACAUAUCGGAUAGGGUCGGGAAUAAUGCAACAGAUAAUACACCACAUGCAAAGAUGGUCGAGAGUAUCCUGGGUCUCGUCGGACUCCGUGGUUUUGCCCCCAUCUAUGGGUUCGUAGGGGAUAAGCUGGGAAUUGAGCCAACCUAUAUACUUACUGCCAUUGGUGUCAUCUGGGCGUUCAAUAAGCUAUUCCAUCAGCUCUACACGUCCCUCUACAACAUCGUCAUCAGCCAUUUUAUGUGUAGCAUCCACAUCCUCAAUAGCGAUGACAUUUACUCGCACCUUAUGGAGUGGUUGGCUUCCCAGCCCCAGAUAGUCAACUCAAGAGCCCUGAUAGCCGAGACGGCGAGUAAGAGGGCCUGGGAAUUCGAGGACGCGUCUGAUCUGGCGAGGGAUAAUACCGGCCGUUAUCUUAAUUUUUCCAACCAAGAAGCUAGAGCUCCACCGCAGUACAGCCCGUCGAUAGGUCUCCAUGGCUUCUGGUGGAAGGGCCAAUAUUUCCGACUUCAACGCAAGCGGGAGUCCGUCUUCGACGAGAACAGCCUCGGGCAAGUUUUAAAAGACCAGGAAGACAUAGUGAUUUCGUGCUUUUGGAGAAGUCCGGAGCCGAUUAAACAGCUGCUCGCGCACGCCAAGGAGCAAUAUUACCGCGACCACCAGGCGCGCACGAUCGUGAAGCGGCCGAGUAUGUAUAACCGGCGGUACGCGCUGCGAUGUAGCUGGCACCAAGUCGCGAACCGACCCGUGCGCGACAUCAAGACCGUCGUGCUCGACGAGAAGCAGAAGCUGCAGGUCCUCGCCGACAUCAACGAGUACCUCCACCCGGAGACCCCGCGCUGGUACGCGAAUCGCGGCAUCCCGUUGCGUCGCGGCUACCUCUUCUACGGCCCCCCGGGAACCGGCAAGACCUCGCUUUCCUUUGCGCUGGCGGGGAUUUUCGGUCUCGAUAUUCACGUGAUUUCUCUGCUUGAACCCAGCUUGACGGAGGAGGAUUUGAGUGGUCUCUUUGGCUCGCUGCCGCGCCGGUGUAUCGUGUUGUUAGAAGACAUCGACACAGCAGGCCUCCGCCGCUCUCCCGGCAAAGACGACGAAGCCACCCCAUCCUGCACGCACAGACCCGCUAAAAAGCCCAGCGCCGAGAUAAAAAGCGACUGGAACGUCAGCGAUCUCGCCAAGGCGCUCAAGCAGGAAGGCGACGCGGAUCGUAAGACGGGGAUAUCUCUCUCGGGGCUUUUGAACGCGAUCGACGGCGUGGCCUCGCACGAGGGGCGCGUGUUGAUCAUGACGACGAAUACGCCGGAGCAGCUAGACGAGGCGCUAAUCCGACCCGGGAGGGUGGAUCUACAGGUGGCGUUCGCGAACGCGACCCAGGACCAGGCGAGGGAGCUUUUUAUCCGGAUGUACGAGGAUGUGUCGCCGCAGUACACCUCGCCUACAGUCACAUCGGCGCUCGAGUUUAAGGAGAAAAACGGUACAGUUACCGUGGCGGCGACGACGGCAGUGACGACAAAACUGCCAAUAAAUUGCGAUGCGAGGGAGGCAAAUGGUUCGAAUACCAACGAGCCUGCAGAGUUAGAUGUACCGGUCGAUGAGCUUCCCGCUAUCGCCCAAAAAUUCGGAUUAAAAAUCCCUGAUAGUGAAUUUUCGCCCGCGCAGAUUCAGGGAUAUCUUCUCAAGCGAAAGAAACAACCCCUCAAGGCCCUUGAAGAGGUGGAUAUGUGGGUUGAGGGAUUUCUGAAGCAAAAGGCGCUGAAAAGCAAGAUCAUGCAGGUGCAGUAG